UAUGUCUUUAGAAUAUCGCCUUUUUUAUUAAAUUGUUUGAUUUUAGUUAUUAUCCUGCGUGCAUUGUGUACAAGACUGCACAGAGUGAAAUCUAUUAUAGCAUACGUUUAUGCAGAAUUACUGUUGUCGAGAGCGAGUAGUCGUACGUGCGUUUGCAGACUGACGGAUCAUAACAAUAUCAGAACAUAUUAUUUAUUGUGAACUGUGUAGCCUAGAGCGUUACGCACAACGGUAGCGUUUGCAGAACAUUUUCUUCAAUGGUGUUACUGCAUUUUUAAGAUGCAAUAUUUUGUUUAGCUUAAAUAAGUCGAAAAGUCCGAAACAACGUAGUAAAUUUCGGGAGUGCGCCAAAUUAUGCAGCAGCUUUGUUUAUUAUGCUAUCUAAAGGAAUUCAGGACGGAACAGUGCCCGCUCUUCUUGCAACACAAGUGCACGCAGCACAGACCCUACACUUGCUUUCACUGGCAUUUCUUAAACCAGCGGAGACGGAGACCGAUCCGGAGGCGAGAUGGAACCUUUAAUUACAGUCCGGACGUGUACUGUACCAAAUACGACGAGACGACGGGAAUCUGCCCCGACGGAGACGACUGCCCCUAUCUGCAUCGAACUACAGGUGACACGGAACGAAAGUAUCACCUGCGCUAUUACAAGACUGGCACCUGUAUCCAUGAAACAGAUGCCCGAGGGCACUGUGUGAAGAAUGGGCUUCACUGUGCCUUUGCUCACGGCCCGCAUGACCUUCGACCUCCAGUAUACGAUAUAAGAGAGCUGCAGGCACAGGAGGCUCUGCAGAACGGGCAGCUUGGAGCUGGGGAAGGGAUUCCAGACCUGCAGCCGGGAGUCCUGGCCAGCCAGGCAAUGAUUGAGAAAACCCUCAGCGAGGACCCCAGGUGGCAGGAUACCAACUUUGUGUUGGCAAACUACAAGACGGAGCAAUGCACAAAACCACCGCGCCUCUGUCGACAGGGGUAUGCCUGCCCACACUAUCACAAUAGCCGGGACAGGAGGAGGAAUCCGAGGAAAUUCAAAUACAGAUCAACGCCAUGUCCUAAUGUAAAGCAUGGGGAUGAAUGGGGGGAACCUUCAAAGUGUGACAGUGGGGAUCACUGUCUGUAUUGCCACUCGCGCACUGAACAGCAGUUCCAUCCCGAGAUUUACAAGUCCACAAAAUGCAAUGACAUGCGCCAAACAGGAUACUGCCCACGUGGUCCCUUCUGUGCUUUUGCACAUGUGGAAAGAAUCCCCUCCACAGAAGAGACCAUGAGUUCGUUGCUUACUGUGAUGCAGAGUGGAUCCCAGUCCAAGACAGGCUCUCAACACUAUACAGACAGCACAGUUAACGACUAUGUCAACAGCACUGCUAACAACGGACAAACCGGAAAUGUUUCAUGCUCUAGUAGUCCGACUGUAACAUCCAGCUCAGGAAGCAACAGUUCAUUAUCCCCUAUUGGACCCAUGAGCAGGCCCAAAUGCUUUACUAAUGGUAGCUUAUGUUCAGAAUCCACCACGUCCAAUGUAUCUUCUCCAACGUCUAACUACCCAAAAGCGCCUGGCUUUGAACGCGAGGAUCAGGCAAAGUAUCUGAAGAGUCACCCACUGAACAGUAAUCAGAAAUUAAAUGACCAAGAAAAACAGAACCUUAUUAGUGUAUUUUCAGUGGCUAACCCACUGGCUUCGAGUAUCACAUCCAGUAUUGCUUCAAGUCUGGCCUCUAGUAUUGGCUCUGACAGUCCCUCCCCCACAGCUUUAUCAACGAUGAAUGCCAAAGCUACCCCAUUCUACCCAGGUAGCAAUACAGUUGAAUCAGUAAUAGGUUCCGCCCUUGACCUGAAUUUUCGUGACAUUAAUGUAUCAUUUCUUGAUAAAGAAUUGGAAGAACAAGAAAACGGUGACCUUGGAUUAAGGAGUCAGAGGUUAUUGGGAGGCUCCGCCCCAGUGAAUAUCCCCGGCUCGCUUGCUCGUUCCUCUUCUCUGCACUCCUCGUCCUCUCUCUCUGCCUCUCCGCUGAACUCUCUGUCCCAGUCCCUCUCCCAGUCUCUGCUCUCCUCUGCAAUGGCUCCCCACCAGCAGCAGCCCCAGCCAGCCAAGUCCGAGCACGGGUUCCUGGGCACCUCGGCUGGUUCCUCUCAGAACUCCUUAGGUUUGAACGGUGGAACCAGUAGUAUUUGGGAUUUUGUCAGUGGAAGUUUCUCUCCCACUCCAUCGCCUGUGUUUAGCAAUGCCGCUGCUGCAGCCCCGGGCACCAGCACCGCUGAUCUGGCAAGGUUGCAAAAGAAACUGGACGAGGCUAAAAGGAAAAUGAAGCAGUGGGAGGAUUCGUGGCAACAGGUUAAGCAGGCUUGCAACGCCUGGCAAACAGAAGCCCAGGAAGCGAAGGAUCAAGCGAAAUCCGCUGAAGCCGAGAGGCUGCUCGCCUUCCAAAAGAAGGAUGAUGCAAAGCGCAAGCUGAAAAAUCUUCAGGAGGACUUCGAUGCAAUGUGUAGGUCGCCCAGCAUGCCCCUUCUGCGGAGUUACGGAGACAUCGACAAAGUCCCUUUACCAAAGCUUCACUCAAUCCAGCGGCAGCUGAGAGCAGACUUGGACUUGAUAGACGGGGUGAUAUACCAGCUUCAGUCAAAGAAAUGUGUAGUAUGCCAAAAGCAUGACCGGUGUGUCGUUCUACAGCCUUGCCAGCAUUAUGUACUCUGUGAGAACUGCGCACCUAGCGAAACAGAAUGUCCUUACUGUAAGACAAAAGUCAUGAAGUGGUGAUGUAGACACAGUCAAGGUACUGUUUCUGGAUCCGGCCCUUUUGAAAGAACUACUGAUAUAUUAUGCUAACAGUUUAGAAUAUAGCAUUUUAUUUUGUGUUUCAGUAUUUCAUAUAGUAAUUCAAUUGAUAGAUAUAUUUCAAAUAUUGUAAUGGUGUUUGACUGGUACAGAUGUGGGAACUUCAUUACCAUAUUACUUUUUUUUAAAUUAUUUUUAUUUUAAAGUUUUUCUCAACCUUCCUAAGUUUGACAAGGCGACUGACAUUUUUCUUCCUGUGAUUUUUGCCUUCUCUCUUUAUAAUCCUGGUUUGAAACCAUGUCUUUUCCUCUCAUUGGCGUUAAGGAGAUCCCACUUUUAUCUAUAGAUAAUAUUUUGCUUCCUGUUACCUAAUCACUUCCUGUUCUGUAGGUCAGUCUCAUGCCAGUUAUCAGCUUGCAAUCAUACCAUGUGACUUGCAGCACAUUACAUGAUUGGUUACCAGAAAGUAAUCUCCAAGGCUGGUUUCAAAGACCUUCAUUAGAACUAAUUGUUUCUAAUCGGGGUUUGUGAAACCAACUGAUAUAUUUGGUAUAGGAAAUUGAUUUUCAAAGCCUUGGUUUUCAUCACUCUGUCUGUACCUGAAUGUAUCAGUCAAACACUCUUACUAGUUAUGUGAAGAAGUUUCAUUUCUUGUAAAAGCACUUUGUAAACCUGGGGAUUUGUUAUAGAUGAUUAUAGAAUUAGAUUUAAGCUGCUUUGUAGUAUUUGUGUUUUGUUUUAGUUUUUUCUAAAUAUGCUAUAAUAUGAAGCUUUGGUUGUGUACUGUGAAUCUUGAUAGAAUAUUCAGUUUCUUACUGUUAAAUCAUGGUAUAGUUAAUCAUGGUAUAGUUAAAUAUAUUGUUAUAUAUUGUUAAAGAUUUAAUAUUCAAAAAAAAAAUACAUAGUUACUUAUUAAAAAAAAAAUGAAUUAGUAUUGUUGAACUUUCUUAGGAUUUUUACAUUUUUUAAUUUAAACUUAAGUGCAAACUUUUAAUGCUUCUAAGCAUAAACCAGCAGUUAGAAUGAUAUCUUAAAGGCACUGCUCAUUAUGCAUUUAGGAAAUCUCUUGCCAUUUGUAGUUCCUGGUUUUCUUUUAUUCGUUUUGUUGGAGGAAUCUGUUUGCUGCAUGUACCAGACCCGUGGUAUUGCGUGGCUGUAUUUUCUUUAUAGAGACUUUGUUUUUUAGAACUCCUUGCCUCUUUAAACUGUUAAGAGUAUAUCUGAUACGUGGCCACUCAAACCAAGUGCCUUGCCUAAAAAAAAAAAAAUAAUAAUAAUCUUCAGUUUCUGUGGCUAAUGCAAGAUUGCAGUUAAACUGCUACAGAUGUGAACAAGCCAAAUCAGUACAAAGAAAGACAUGAUUGAUAAAAAUAAAAAAUAUGAAAUUGUAGAUUUUUUUUUUUUCUUUGUAAAAAUAAAUAAAUAAUAAAAGAAAAAACAUUCUCAUGAUUUACUGAAGAAUCAUGAUUUUAACACACGGCACUUAAUCAGAAUCAGGCAUCGUAAUCAGACUCCCAUUGCAUAGCAGUUUGAGCCAUUCCUGGUUUUGUUAUGAGUUUAAUAAGACACGCUGGAGCCUGUUCCCUCUAUGCUGCCGCUAAUCGAGCUUGCACCAGAACCUGGAAUGGGUGAAACUGCUGUGCAAUGGGAGUCUUGUUUCCAUCCCUGAGAACGCUGGUCAAGUGAUUGCUUGACCUGACGUCAAGCUCAAUAUCCUGUUUCCAUUCCAAGUUUGUUUGUCAGGCAAUGGUGCUUCUUUUUUUUUAAGAUUUAAUUUUUUUUUUUUUUUUGUGCAGCUACAGUAUCAAUUCAAAAAGACGACCAUGUUUACUUUAUCUGGUUAGGAGUAUGCAAUUCAGGAAAACCUUUACUGUAUGUAUGAGAACUGGCACUGUUUGCUAAACUUUUGAUAAGUGGUGAUUCUCGGACUGUCCAUACAGAAGAGGUCAGUGCUGUUAAUAUGUAAAUGGUGUUGUCAAAUACAACAGUGUAAUGCGCUUAGGUUAAACAAAUUUAAAUGACCUACUACUGUGUUCGCAAGAUGUGUUUGUGUUCAUAUUCUUUUAUUGCGUAUAGCUCCAGUCCAUUAACAUUUACAGCAACGAGUAUGGUUAGCAGAAAACAUUUUGUGCUUAACUUAAAGUUCUCGGCUCACCGCGCACCAGCAACCCCUGUGGUCUGGCCGGGCGCCUGCGGGCUUACCUGUAAGCUGCUCAGAGCUGCGUUGUCCUCCGACGUUGUAGCUCUGAGACGGCUGCAUGGUGAGUCUGCAGUGUGUAAAGAAGCGUGCGGCUGGCGGCACACGCUGCGGAGGACAGCGUGUGUUCAUCUUCGCCCCUCCCGAGUCAGCGCAGGGGUGGUAGAGGUGAGCUGUGCCUAAAAAUAAUUAGAUAUUCUAAAUUGGGAGAAAAAUAAAAAUAAUUUGCGACUACUACAUUUAAAAAAUAAUUAAAUAAAUUAUAAUGUAAAAAAAAAAAAAGAUCCCUUGCAGUAAUUUCAUAUGUAGAGGUCAUUUUGUUUCCUACAUGGUCUGAAUUAAAAAGGAAAACAGUUUCUGCUGAUUUUUGCUUUUGCUGACAAUAUUAAUGGACUCAGUGUCAUCUGUAGUUUUUGCCAAAGACCUUUGGUGUUCUAGAAUAACCUUUUGCUUUGUUUGUUUUUAACAUUCUAAGCAAGAAACAGCUAGAAAUGUAAAUUUUUGAAAAAUGACCAAACGUAAUAUUGUGUUUUAAAUUAUCUUGAGUAUUUAUAAGAACUGUAUAACAAAACAUGCUUUUAUAAAAUUAAAAUAUAGGAUAUGUUUAAAGGUAUGAAUAUUGAAUGCAAACGUUUCAACAACUGUAUCCAAGUUAUAGUGAAGGAUUGUUUAAGAAAUGAAUGACAGUUGUGUUUGUAUUCUUAAGUGGCCAUAAGGAUCAAUGCUUUUUUUUUUUUUUUUUUUUUUUUUUUUACUUAAGAAAUACAGUAGUGCAGUUUUUCUCUCUUUUCGUGUGUGCUGAACUGUCACUUCUUAUAACCCUUCUUAACUAUUUUGCAUGUUAGUAGUUGCUGUCAGGAGUAACUGUAUUUGAACUGUAAAGUGCGUGUCUCGGGUCUCCAUUUGGCUUGUUUUAAAGCAUGCUUUGUUACGCUAUUCACCUUGAAAUAAAAAAUACAAAAAAUGUCAAAAGAUUGUAGUUGAUUGGGAAAUUUUGAAAAGCAAAAUACAAAAACUAAAAUAUAAAAGCAGGCAUCUGUAGUUGGUUUCAUUGGUGUAGUAUAUCAUGCUCUUGCGCAUUUGGAAAUGACGACAGUGUAUUCCCCAGAAUUUUAAGAGAAACAAAUGGAGACCAAAGAAAUGCACUCGUAGUGGAAUAUCAAUGGAAGCAGCUUGUAACUUUAAAUUCUAGAAGGUGUUACGGUUGGUUUGAUCUGUGAUAGACUUGGACUUUCAUGUUGAUGUAUGCUUGGUCAGACAAUUUUGACCCAAGUGUGUAAUUGGUAUAUUUUUUUUUAUUUUUUAUGCAAUUCCAAAAAACAAAUGACUAUAUAUUUAUGCAUUGGAUAGAAUUUACCAAGGAUUCCCAAUAAUUUUAAAUAGAGAGAAAAUAUGAGGUAUUAAAGUAAAAUAAAAACCAUACAAUUUAUUGAAACAGGUUUUGUAUUUGAGAGUUGCUUGGGAAAGCUUUUUAUAAUGUCCAAAUCCAAAAAAAAAAAAAAAAAGAAAA